CCAAUGGGAACCGGGCGCGCGCUCCGCGCCGCCGGCAGGGGGCGGGCUCCGUCCCUGCCGCGGCCGGGCUCAGUCGCGCUCCGCUGCUCACGCUGCCCGGGUGCUGCCGCUGCUUUCCCCGCGCGGCUGGAGCGCUGCUUGGGGGAGGCGGCUGCUCCCCCUCGCCCCGGGGCUCGGAUGGACGCAGCGGUCCUGGGCAGCGGCCCCGGGCUGCUGCUGCUGCUGCUGCUGGGCCUAGCAGUUUUCAACUGUGUGGGUGCCAGCUGGAACGUGACUGCUGACUAUGGAGUGAAGAAGCCCGUAUGCAGCUUUCCGGAGGAAUGUACAGAUAAUAUCACGCAGUUGCGGCGGAGAGGGCACUUUUCUAAGUGUCCCGAGGAAUACAAGCAUUACUGUGUCAAAGGGCGAUGUCGAUAUGUCAUGUCAGAAGAGAUACCAGCUUGCGUCUGCGAGAAAGGCUACACAGGUGCAAGAUGUGAGCGAGUGGACAUAUUCUACCUAAGAGGAGAUCAAGGCCAGAUUGUAGUGAUUUGCUUCAUCGUUGCCAUGGUGGCGCUGAUCGGCCUGGUAAUAUGCAUAUGCAUAUGCAGUCAUCACUGUCGGAAGCGCCGCAGGAGGAGCAAGGAAGAAGAAAUGGAAACGCUGGAGAAAGAUUUGCCUACCAAACAGGAGGAUGUCCUAGAGACGGACAUUGCAUGAAGGUUACUGAAGGCACCUGCAGGCAGGUUCCACACAGCACAAUGUCUUGCUCUAUGGGAGAGGGACGCAGAAGGGCUAUUGCCCAGAUAAUAAAUGCAGAUGAAUAACA